UAAAAAAAAAAAACAACAGAUACGGAUAUCUAGGUUAUAUAUAAGGUUUGCUUUUUCUUUUGUUGUGUGAUUUCAUACUGCAUCCAUCAUUAUAUAUUCCUCUACCUGUGUACACACCCUGCACAUACUAUUAGUGUAAUAGUAAUGUAAGCAUUCUUGUUUGAUAAAGGAUGGCUACUCACUUGAUCAGAAGCGCACACAAGGAGAGAGGCAGGACGGUUUGGUGGUGAGGAUAAUAUUGAGCGCUUGUAUAUAUAGGCUACACAAGCAUUGUGGGCCGGCCAACGCAGGGCAGGCAGCGGAGGUAUGUGUGCGAUUCGGAUCCACUCCGCACAUACCUGGUUGCAGAGUGCGGAGUGGGGCACUAAAAUAAAACUUCCGGGUCCAACCGCUCCGUCGAACAUCAAAACAAACAACGAUGGCUGAACCAGUGAACCUUUUUCCGAUUACUUCUUUCUUCAGUGAGACACCUGAAAGAGUAAAGAAAGGGUUGAAUUCGUUUCACUCCAACAGAGUGGUCAGUGUAGCUGUUUUGCCUCGGGGAGUUAUAAAGGGUAGCGUCCAGGCAUCACAGAAAAAGAAAGUUUACGAGGUUGAGGUGAGUUGGAUAAGUUAGCCGUUGACAUCUAGGCUAGUUGACAUCUAAUUAAACGUUAAAGAUGAUACGUUAUUUCAUGGGUGCCAUGCCGUAAUUCCGACGCCUCAUUGUUCCGACGUCUCAAUGGUCCGAAAUAUUUCCCAUAGAUCGACAUGCCACUAUGCCGACGGUUCAAUGUUCCGAAAACGGAACCCAUUGGUCCGAAGGUCCGUUUGUCCGAUUUUUCAAAAAGUAGGCGCAUUAGGCCGACGGUUCAAUAUGCCGAAUAGUCCGAGGCUCAAUUCCACAUGUGUGAUUAUGAAACCAAAAAUAAAAGACGAUAUAGGCUAAGUUCCAGCAGUGCACUUCACCAGCCAGACUGUUGCUGUGGGCUUGAACGGUCACAAGAGGUGAAUUUAUGAAGCGCACGUUAUACAAGGACUAAUACUUUUCCCGUAAAGAAGUCAAACGAGACACAAGGUAAACCAACUUGAGUUCUGGAGGUGGUCCAUGAAGCAUCUCUCGAACACAGGGAGCCGGCCCUGAGGUCAGCGAGGUCCUGACCUUUAGACGACGCAAAACGCAAAUCAGAAACGGGUCAGUGUUCAACGUUACAUAGAGAGUGGAUGGAAGGUUCCUGUGGCGGACAGCAGGGGGAGCCGUUGUCCAAAUCAGGACGUCUCCACGGGCGUACAGUGAAAACAUGAGUUUCAUUUCCAAUUGUCGUGGAGACAGCAGACGAUUGUUCUCCCAUCACCGUCGGCGCGUUGUUUGCCGAUGCCUACGUCAUCCUCCGCCCUACGUCAUCCGCCGGACGCUCAGACCUCUGGAGCUUCGAGGCUCGAGACGCUGAAUGCCACCCUGCUGCAGGACCGCCGAGGAGGACAUCCUUGGACUACCGAGGACCACCCCGUCACCCAGCGGGACGUUGCCUGGUCUCAUCACUUCCACUACUUUUUUAAAGCCGUUAGGAGUUUAACUGGAUUAAGCAGCAGCAGCACAGCAGCGGCUUCCCGUCCCGUCCCGUCCCCUCCACGCCGCGCCCUCCCGGUCUCCGUGGACCUCGGACCUGUCAGGACCCGGACCGCCAGGCCCCGGACCGCCAGGCCCCGCUAGGCGUGCCCGGCCGUGAGGAUGGCGAACCCCGCGGAGUGCACCAUCAAGGUGAUGUGCCGCUUCAGACCGCUGAACAAGUCGGAGGUGGCCCGCGGAGACUCGUACAUCCCCAAGUUCCAGGGGGAGGACUGCGUGUUGAUCACGGGCAAACCGUAUUACUUUGACCGCGUGUUCCAGUCCAACACCACUCAGGAGCAGUUCUACAAUGCUGUCGCUCAGCAGAUCGUCAAAGACGUGCUGGACGGCUACAACGGAACCAUCUUCGCCUACGGCCAGACCGCCUCGGGCAAGACGCACACCAUGGAGGGCGUCCUCCACGACACGGACAUGAUGGGCGUCAUCCCCCGCAUCGUCCAGGACAUCUUCAACUACAUCUACUCCAUGGACGAGAACCUGGAGUUCCACAUCAAAGUGUCGUAUUUUGAGAUCUAUUUGGAUAAAAUCAGGGACCUCAUGGAUGUAUCGAAGACCAACCUCUCCGUGCAUGAGGACAAAAACCGAGUGCCUUACGUGAAGGGCGCGUCGGAGCGGUUCGUGUGCAGCCCGGAGGAGGUCAUGGACGCGAUAGACGAAGGCAAAAAUAACCGCAGCGUGGCCGUCACAAACAUGAACGAGCACAGCUCCAGAAGCCACAGUAUCUUCCAGAUCAACAUCAAGCAGGAGAACGCCCAGACAGGCCAGAAGCUCACCGGCAAGCUGUACCUGGUGGACUUGGCCGGCAGUGAAAAAAUAGGUAAAACGGGAGCGGAGGGCACGGUGUUGGACGAAGCCAAGAUGAUCAACAAGUCGCUCUCGGCGUUGGGGAUCGUGAUCUCGGCCCUGGCCGAGGGCUCGAACUACAUCCCGUACCGGGACAGUAAGAUGACCCGGAUCCUGCAGGACUCCCUGGGGGGGAACUGCCGGACCACCAUGGUGAUCUGCUGCUCGCCCUCCGCCUACAACGAGGCCGAGACCAAGUCCACGCUGCUGUUUGGACAGAGGGCCAAGACCAUCAAGAACAGCGUGACGCUGAACGUGGAGCUGACGGCGGAGCAGUGGAAGAAGAAGUGGGAGAAGGAGAAGGAGAAGAACAAGACCCUGAAGAACACCGUCGACACGCUGGAGAGCGAGCUCCAACGCUGGAGGACGGGCGAGAGCGUCCCCGAGGAGGAGCAGUUCGACAAGGAGAAGGCCAAGGAGGAGGUGCAGGCCGUGGAGAACGUGCUGAACCACGACAAGAUGGCGGCCACGCCGGCGCUGGGCGGGCCCCCCGGGGUGCAGCUCCAGGGGCCGGGGGGGGGCACGACGGGGGCGGAGCUCAGCAAGCUGUACAAGGAGAUGGACGACAAGGACGAUGAGAUCGACCAGCAGAGCCAGCUGUUGGAGAAGCUGAACCAACAGAUGCAGGACCAAGAGGAGCUGCUGGCGUCCUCGCACCGCGACCACGACAAGCUCCAGACGGAGCUGAACCGGCUGCUCUCGGAGAACGAGGCGUCCAAGGAGGAGGUGAAGGAGGUGCUGCAGGCGCUGGAGGAGCUGGCCGUCAACUACGACCAGAAGAGCCAGGAGGUGGAGGACAAGGCACAGGAGUUUGAGGCCCUCAGCGAGGAGCUCAACCAGAAGUCGAGCUCCCUUGCCUCCAUCGACACGGAGCUGCAGAAGCUGAAGGAGAUGACCAACCACCAGAAGAAGAGGGUGACGGAGAUGAUGUCGUCGCUCCUCAAAGACCUGGCCGAGAUCGGCAGCGCCAUGGGCACCAAAGAGAUCAAGCAACAGGAGAGCACCGGCGUGAUCGACGAGGAGUUCACGGUGGCCCGUCUCUACAUCAGCAAGAUGAAGUCGGAGGUGAAGAGCACGGUGCGCCGCAGCCGUCAGCUGGAGGGCGCCCAGGCCGAGAGCGACCAGCGGCUGGCCGAGACCGAGAGGGAGCUGGCCGCCUGCCAGCUGCUCACCUCCCAGUACGAGGCGAAGAUCCGCUCUCUGACGGAGAGCGUGCAGAUCCUGGAGCAGAAGAAGAGGCAGCUGGAGGAGAGCGUGGACGCGCUCAACGAGGAGCUGGUGAAGAUCAGCGCUCAGGAGAAAGUCCAUGCCACGGAGAAGGAGAAGAUGCAGUCGGCCAAUGAGGUCAAGGACGCGGUGCAGAAGCAGAUCAUGUCCCACAGGGAGGCCCACCAGAAGCAGAUCAGCAGCCUGCGAGACGAGCUGGACAGCAAGGAGAAGCAGAUCACUGAGCUGCAAGAUCUGAACCAGAAGAUCUCUCUGGAGCAGGAGCGCUUGAGGGCGGAGCACGAGAAGCUCAAGACUGCGGACCAGGAGAGGAACCGCAAGCUGCAGGAGCUAACGGGCAUUCAGGACCGCCGGGAGCAGGCCAGGCAGGACCUGAAGGGGCUGGAGGAGACGGUGGCCAGAGAGCUUCAGACGCUCCACAACCUCAGACGGCUGUUUGUCCAGGACCUGAACACCAGGGUGAAGAGGAACGCGGACACUGACUCUGAUGAUACGGGAGGCAGCGCCAUGCAGAAACAGAAGAUCGCCUUCCUGGAGAGCAACCUGGAGCAGCUCACCAGGGUCCACAAGCAGCUGGUGCGGGACAACGCUGACCUGCGCAGUGAGAUCCCCAAGAUGGAGAAGCGUCUGCGUGCGACGGUGGAGCGCGUCAAGGCUCUGGAGCUGGCCCUGAAGGAGGCGCGCGAGGUGGCCGGCCGCGACCGCAAGCGCUACCAGCAGGAGGUGGACCGCAUCAAGGAGGCGGUGCGCUCCAAGAACAUGAGCCGCUGGCGCACCGCCGCGCAGAUAGCUAAGCCCAUCCGGCCGGGCCAGCAGCCCGGGGCCCCCCCCGCCAACCCCGGCGUGGUGCGCCCCAACAGCGUGCAGACCCCCCAGCCCGCCGGGCUCCGGGGCGGAGGGGCCGGAGGGACCCCCGCCCCGCAGGACAAGAGCAGCUACUCCUACGAGUGGGUAACCCCCCCCCACACACACCCCCCCACUACUGUCUCUCGGGGCUCUUGAAGCACACAGGCCUCUCCUGUCACUAGGGGCCCUUCAGGUGGCACACGGGACCCCCCUGCACCCCCACUGUCACUAGGGGCCCUUCAGGUGGCACACGGGACCCCCCUGCACCCCCACUGUCACUAGGGGCCCUUCAGGUGGCACACGGGACCCCCCUGCACCCCCACUGUCACUAGGGGCCCUUCAGGUGGCACACGGGACCCCAAUGCACCCCCAUUGUCACUAGGGGCCCCUUAGGAAGCACACAGACCCCCCCCCCCCCCUGCAGUGUAAUCAGGUGCUAUUGAGCUGCAAGGUGUUCCACUGAUUUCCUUCCAGUCUUUUGAGUCCUGCUCUUGUGUCUCCUCUCCACCUCUCCUCUUCCACUUCCUCUCCUCUUCUCUUCUCCUCUCCUCUUCUCUUCUACUCUCCUCUUCUCUUCUACUCUCCUCUUCUGUCUCCUCUCCUCUUUUUUCCUCUCUUCCUGUUUCCUCUCCUCUUGUUUCCUCUCCUCUUCUGUCUCCUCUUCUUUAUCCUCUCCUCUUCCUUCCUCUCCUCCUUUUCCCCCUCCUCUUGUUUCCUCUCCUCUUCUGUCUCCUCUCCUCUUGUCUCCUCUUCGGUCUCCUCUCCUCUUCUGUCUCCUCUCCUCUUGUCUCCUCUCCUCCUCUGUCUCCUCUCCUCUGUCUCCUCACCUCUUGUGUCUCCUCUCCUCUUGUUUCCUCUCCUUGUUUCCUCUCAUCUUGCCUCCUCUCCUCUUCUCCUGGUGUUUUCAGCUGCUGAGGAGAGGCUGCCGGUCGGAGCCAGAAGCAAAGGUCAGCCAGAUAGCUAUGAACUACGUCAUCCACAAUGCAACGCUGGACUCUCACCUCGGACCCGCCCCCUCAGUGUAUACAUGGUGUAUAUUGAUUCAAGACUUCGGGAGGGGGGAGGGGCUUAUUUUGUGCCGAUUUAUGGUUUCUAACUCUCAGCCCAUCCAAAGAUCACAUGACUGCCUUGAAAUAUGAUCAUGCAAACUUAUUGAACUGUGUGUGUGUGUGUGUGUGUGUGUGUGUGUGUGUGUGUGUGUGUGUGUGUGUGUGUGUGUGUGUGUGUGUGUGUGUGUGUGUGUGUGUGUACACAGUAUUGCCUAUUAUGUUCAACAGAAUACCACUAAGUGAUUGGAUCUGUUCCUUACCAAACGUGAAGUCAGAUCAAUACAGCUGAUUGGCUGAGCUGCACUGUUACCCCACCUCAGCAGAGUGGUGCAACACUCACAGCAGGGGGCUAUAGUGCCUGACCUCUGACCUUAACCCUGACCCAAACCCUACCAUCCAGACCACUGUGUGUGUGUGUGUGUGUGUGUGUGUGUGUGUGUGUGUGUGUGUGUGUGCAUGAAAAUGGUCGGUUCUGCUGUUGUCCUGCAAGACGACCUCACCUCGUACUAACUUUGUGUUCGUACAAGAGUCUGCUUAUCUUCCUCAGGCAGUUCAGACGUCCUCUGUUAACGCACACAUCUUGGGGCGGGUUGGAAAGAAUAAAUGAUUGUUGAUCAGUAUUGAUCGUUUGAUUCCGUAAAGACAUAUUCUAUUUAUUCUACUACGUUAAGGUUAGGGGGGCAUAUCUUCUGAACAAAGUAUUUGUUUAACCACACUAAUAACACGGACACUAGGUAGGAGUUGAACAAAGUGUUCAUUAAACUAAGAAAAUCUGAGACUGCUAGUCUAGUAGCAGCUUUAUUUUGUUUUAAUUUGUUGUUAAAAUUAAAGCACUUUGAACAAUCUUCCAAACCAAUGCUGCCUCGUAACAACCCAACAAUGGAGCGUACCAUUAGGAACAGGUGGACAGUGAGUGGUAUGGUCUGAGUCUUGUCUUGGGUAGAGGCUGAUUCAUGCUUUGUGCCUCGACAACACUGCUUCCAUUUUGCCUUUGUCAUUUUAUACUCAUCUAUUGUAACAAUAAAGCCUUACUGAGAAGCA